AUGGCCGCAGAGACACUCACAAAAGAAAUACUCAGCGCAUUGAGCAGUGCCGAUGCCCUCGCCGGACUUCGUAGCGAUGAUGAAAAGCGCCACUCUCUACAAGCUGCGGCAGCAAAGCUGAGUCUAGCCUUGGAGAGCCAGGGAGACACCGUCAACAGGGUCAGGCAGACGCCCCUACAGCUUGCGAUGGCCAAGGUAGGCGUCGAUAAGAAGAUCUUUGAAAUCCUGGCCCAGGCCAAGCGGGACAACCAGCCCCUAUCUCACGCAGAGCUUGCUGCCAAGACUGGAGUCGAGCCGGCCAUGAUGAAACGGAUUCUCCGUUACUGGGGGUCCAUGGGAACCAUCACCCAGGUGGAAGUGGACAAGUACACCGCCAAUAACGUUACUGAGGCUCUUGCCUCGGCUCAGGGGCGCACAGCAAUUACUCACGGCUUCAACUUCAAAGCCCCCGUCUUCUUGGCGAUUCCGCCAUUUUUUGAAAGACACGGCUACAAGCUGAUUACCGACAUCAACGACACCCCCUUCCAGAUGGCCCACAACACCAAGCUCGACCCUUGGACCUGGGGAAAAGAAAGACCCGAACGCUACCAAGACUUCCUGGGCUGGAUGGAGCACGCGCGGGACGGAGACCCGAGCUUUCUCGAUUCGGUGGACCUCGGCGGGUUCUUUGAAAGCUCCCACAAAGAUACCCUUCUCUUCGUCGACGUCAGCGGGUCGAGGGGUUACGUAACCACCGCCGUGCGGGAGCGCUACAGCAACGUCCCCGGUCGCGUCGUCCUGCAGGAUCAGCCCCAUAUUGUAGACUUGGUCAAGAAGGAUGUUCGACCCGAGCUCAAGACCAUCGAACUGCAGGGGCAUGACUUCUUCACGGGCGCGACGCCACUCAAGGGUGCCCGUGUCUAUUACCUGCGCAAUAUUUUGCAUGACUGGUCCGACGCAAAGAGCCUCGAGAUUCUGGCGAGCGUAACCCCAUCAAUGGAUAAAGACUCCGUCAUGUUGCUGGACGAAGUCGUCCUUCCCGAGAUGAACCCUCCUUGGCGGGGUACUCAGUUGGACGUGGAGAUGCUGACCCACCUCGCCGGUGCGGAGCGUACGGAGAACGACUGGCGUGGGCUGUUGGAUGCGGCCGGACUCAAGGUUGAUAAGAUCACACCGUACUUUAGCGUCAGGGGUGACAGCGUUAUCCAGGCAAGGUUGAAGUAG